GGUUUUGGUCAUUGGAGGUAGACAUCAGUUCAACGGUUUCUAGCAAACGAUUCGAAACGUUUCCAGCAAAUUAUUGCAAUUGGCGGUGUGAGCUCUUAAGAACGCGAAAUAUUAUUCCGUGUGUGUGUUUAACUACGAUUUAAUUCGAUUUAAUCAGAACGUUCGUGCUCUUCUUUGUGAACGAAAAAGCAUUUCUCUCAAGUGAAAAUGAAGUACUUUAUUGCUAUUGCUCUCCUCAUUGCUGCCGCCCAAGCAGUACCCGUGGAAUAUGGCCAUUAUCCCGCACCGAUUUUAGCGCAUGCUCCAGUAUUGGCACAUGCUGUGCAUGCUGAACCUGUGGCCUACCCCAAAUACUCAUUCAACUAUGGCAUUAAGGAUCCACACACCGGUGAUAUCAAAUCGCAAGCCGAAGAGCGUGAUGGUGAUGUUGUGAAGGGUCAAUACUCGCUUGUGGAACCCGAUGGUUCAGUGCGUACCGUUGACUACACUGCCGAUGAUCAUAACGGUUUCAACGCUGUUGUGCAUAAGACCGCACCGAAAGUGAUUGCCCAUGCACCAGUGUUGGCUCACGCACCCGUCUUGGCACAUGGACCUCUCCUGAGUCAUUAUUAAAUGAGCGGCUGAUGAGGCUAGAGCGCGUUAGGGAUUUGAAGUUGGUUGUGUGAAAAAUGGGAUCGUUUUAUAUUGAAUGGAAUUUGUAAAGAUUAUAAAGCUGGCCGUGACAUAAAUAAUUUUGAAGACGAUCUUUCAAGUGGAAUGCCAACUUUUCAUCACACGCUACUCAGCCUUGCAACACUCUUGCACAUACACUUACCCACUCACAUACUCAUUGACUCACUCAAACUAUAUACUCGUUACAAGUUAGCGAGUAUUUGCAUUUAACGUAUAAAAUACUUGUAUUUAGCGAUUUUAGUACAACGAAACGAUCGCCGAGCAAUCAGCAAGAAAAGGAUUCAAACAAAAGAGAAGAAAAGGAAAGUAACAAGGAUUAAAUGACGCAAAAACCAGGAGAAUAGAACAAACAACAAACGAAUGGAAAAUACUUUGUCUCUCUCUCACUCUCUUACUCUCACUCACUCUUUGUAGCUUAACAUACACGUUUAACGUAUACAGUUAUAUUAUAUUUUUAUUAAACAGUUAAUGUUGUAGUAAUAGAAGAAGUUGAAGAAGGAGUAGUUGUAGUAAUAGUAGACGAAAAUGGAGAUCAUCGUUCAUAUUAUGUAAUGUAGGAUUGUACUUACUUACGCACAAAAUAUACACUCUCUCGCUCUCCUACAUUAUUUUCCAACUUUUUCUCUCUAUUAAUUUCUUUCUCAUAUUUUUUUUGUAAUUCAAAGUGUGAAGUUUAUAAUUUAGCGCGAAUUGCUCAAUUUAACAAGAGUGCGAAGUAGCAUUACGCUCAAGUCUCUGUAGUAUGCUUAAAAUGUUUAAAGCUCAAGCGAUAUUUCAGUUGAAACAACUUCACUGUCUCUCGAUGUAUGCCUAAAUCGCUUUUAGUAUCAUUAACUAUACUUUUGUAAAAUAUUUAUGCACUCUCUUGCAACUAUCUAGCGCUCUUUGCUUCAAAAAAGUGGUUGUUUCAAGCGGAAAUGUUCAGCUAGUUAACUGCAAUUCAGUUUAAAAUAUUACAGCACUUCUAUAAAAGUUGCUCAAUGCCAUGCCACAAUUGUUAAUAAGGCUUUGUGUGAAUUUAUGAGUACACACAUUAUUGAUGUGACUCAGAGAGCGCAAAGAAAAAGUGCCAUCGUAAAGGCUUUUGAGUAUAUCGUCAAAAACACUCAAAAUGUUUGAGUAUAUUCUUGGUUAAGCAACUGGCGUAUGAGUAAACACUCAAUCUCUCUCACGCUCUCUUGUAGAUUUCUGCAAAAAUCAGGCUUUAAGUUAUAAACUUCACUUGAAAGCAAAGAAAAAAAUGAAAAAUCCUUUAAGUGCAAUUCAUUGCCAAUAUAUGAAGCCGGUCAUAGUGCAUUAAAAAUUUAAGUGUCUUCGACACACUCUAUGCCUCUACUCUCUAUCUCUCUCUUUCACUCUUUUUCAUACUAUCGUCUGCCAUUAAUCCAACACUUGUCCUCAAUCUUGUCAUUUGCAUUUAAUGAUAUCUUUUAUAUGAAUUAAUCAAGCGGUAUCUUUAGCUUACUUAAACUUACUUACUUACAUACUCUCAUUACUGUUUACAGUUAUGUUUUAAAUCUAAUAUUCGCGAGUUCACCGCGUGUCGCCGUUUUCGUGACUUUUAUGAAUAGCCUGUUUUCACUCUCAUGCACUCUCACAACGAACACCUACACUUACGAUUACUCUCAACUUGUCGUCACUCUCACUUUUUGUGUCAUUCAUAAGCGCUCUUUUGUAUUAUAUCAACAUGUGUUUUUUUU